GAUGUUUCUCGCUACAACAAAAUCCUAGAAAUUCUUGUUAGUGGACUCUAUAAUAGAUGCCAGUGUAUCGACAUAAAAAAAUUAAGAGCCGAAUGUAUAUUAGGCUGUCCGGAAAAUGCCGGGAUUAGGGCAUUAGUUUGGAAGCUGCUUCUGAACUACCUUCCUCCCAAUGCCUCAAAAUGGGAUGUCGUCUCAUCGAAAGCGCGGGCUGAAUAUUCGAGUUUUUUAUCCGAAUUUAUUGAAAAAAAAUUUGAAUCGACCGAAAUUGUGGAUCACCCCCUUAGUUGUGAUCCUGAAAGUAAUUGGCGAGAAUAUUUCGAUGACAACAAAGUCCUGUUGCAAAUAAACAAAGAUUGUCGAAGGCUUUACCCUGAGUUAGAUUUUUUCCGACGCCCAACACAGUUUCCGUUGACUGCUGCAGUUUCUUCAUCCUUGAGUGUUUCAUCCUUGCGCAACCGUGUCGAAACAGCUCUUACUCCUUGCGAUCAGUCUCUAGAAGAAAAGAGAGGUGACGCUGCUUUUCAUGGUGAUGAAUUACUACCACACUUUGAAGCUCACUGGGAGGUAGUCCAACGGAUUAUCUUCGUCUACUACAAGGUCAACAAAGGUUCUCCCUAUGUACAGGGAAUGAACGAAGUUGUUGGUCCCAUUUACUAUGUGUUCGCCAAUCAUCCCGAUCUUAAAGAGCGCAGUUUUGCCGAAGCUGAUACCUUUUUCUGCUUCAAUAACCUGAUGGCGGAAAUUCAGUGCAAUUUUAAUCGCAGCCUCGAUCAGGACUUUGGAAUAGGUGAGUUUCAAAUGGUGCAAAUGCUGGGGCGAUUAGACCCGGAGCUGCUCUGUCAUCUGAAUCGCCUCCAGCUAGAGCCUACGUAUUUCGCUUUCCGUUGGAUCACUCUCCUUUUUUCUCGCGAAUUUAUGCUUCCAGAUGUACUGCGACUCUGGGAUUGCAUUUUCGCCGAUGAACACCGGUUCGAUCUAGUUUUGUACAUAUGCUGUUCAAUGCUUAUGUAA